AUCAUAAACAGAUACUGAAUAAUAAAUAUUAACCAAGAAAUAUUUAAAUAUCGAGGUAUCGCUCAUUUGUUGGAAUUUACCACGAAAGCAGGAAAUAUUAAUUAGUUUUGUUUACUUUAAUUCACAUUACUACAUUUACAACAAUUUGAUUUGUUGAAUUUUCCAUACCACUUUGCACUUCAAUUCAAUUUCAAUUUACUAUUAGCUGAAAAUGACAUAUUUCCUAAUAAUUCUUAUAAUUUUCACGAUAUACUUUUUGAAAAAGCUAUUUUUCUCAGCUGGGGAUAACCAAACAAUCGAGAUCGAUCCAUACAAAGGUGACAAAAAGGACAGCAAGAUGGGAGAAGAGGAGACUAUCGUCAUCACAGACUACACCCCAAGAACGUUGUACAAGUACAAUGGGCACGAUGACGAGAAGGUGUAUUUGAGCAUCAAGGGCAAGAUAUUCGACGUGUCCAAGGGCAGAGCCUUCUAUGGGCCUGGAGGCCCCUACGAGAACUUUGCUGGCAGAGAUGCCUCCAGAGGAUUAGCCAAAAACUCGUUCAAGGAGGACAUGGUGAGGGACUGGGACCAGCCCAUCGACAAGCUAGAGGACUUGACUGAGCGUGAGAAGAAGGCUCUCGACGAGUGGGAGGCGUUCUUUGAGAAAAAGUACAACUACAUUGGCAACUUGAUCGAGGACACUUCUUUGUCGCACUAGUUUUUAUGAUAUAUAGCACCAAUAAAAGUGUACUUUGCUG